GGGGGGGCGAGCGCGCCCGGCCGGCGACGGGGACUUGAACCCAUGAGAGAAGCCUGUGGCCCUUGUGAAGAUAAAUGUCAGCUUCCCUCAUUAAUUGGAACUUUCUCUUAGGACGCGUAUGCGACGCUCAGCCCGUGGUUUGUCCUUUUAGUGGCUGCUGACUUUGAUUACAGGCAGGUCUCUGAAGAUUCAUAUCAAAUGACGUCAAUGGCCAGCUUGUUUUCUUUUACUAGUCCAGCAGUGAAGCGGUUGUUGGGCUGGAAGCAAGGUGAUGAGGAGGAGAAAUGGGCAGAAAAAGCAGUCGACGCUUUGGUGAAGAAGCUGAAGAAGAAAAAGGGUGCCAUGGAGGAGCUGGAGAAAGCCUUGAGCAGCCCGGGACAGCCGAGCAAGUGCGUCACCAUCCCUCGGUCUCUGGACGGACGCCUCCAAGUGUCUCACAGAAAGGGCUUACCCCACGUCAUAUACUGCCGGGUGUGGCGCUGGCCCGAUCUGCAGAGCCACCACGAGCUGAAGCCCUUGGAUACUUGUGAAUUUCCUUUUGGGUCUAAGCAGAAAGAAGUUUGUAUCAACCCGUACCACUAUAAGAGAGUGGAGAGUCCAGUCUUACCUCCAGUGCUAGUGCCUCGUCAUAAUGAAUUCAAUCCACAACACAGCCUUCUGGUUCAGUUUAGGAAUCUGAGCCACAAUGAACCGCACAUGCCACAGAAUGCCACGUUUCCAGAUUCUUUCCACCAGCCCAACAACACUCCUUUUCCCUUAUCUCCGAAUAGCCCCUACCCUCCCUCCCCUGCUGGCAGCACGUAUCCCAGCUCCCCUGCGAGUUCUGGGCCCGGAAGUCCAUUUCAACUCCCAGCUGAUACGCCGCCUCCUGCCUACAUGCCACCCGAUGAGCAGCUGAGUCAGGACAGCUCGCAGCCUAUGGACACAAGCAGCAACAUGAUUCCUCAGAUCAUGCCCAGCAUAUCCAGCCGAGAUGUCCAGCCUGUUGCUUAUGAAGAACCCAAACAUUGGUGUUCAAUUGUUUACUAUGAAUUAAACAACCGCGUCGGGGAAGCGUUUCACGCAUCUUCUACCAGUGUGCUGGUAGAUGGAUUCACAGACCCCUCCAAUAACAAAAGCAGAUUCUGCUUGGGAUUGUUGUCAAAUGUCAAUCGUAAUUCGACCAUUGAAAACACGAGGCGCCAUAUUGGGAAAGGCGUCCAUCUGUACUAUGUUGGCGGGGAGGUGUACGCGGAGUGUCUGAGCGACAGCAGCAUCUUUGUGCAGAGUCGGAACUGCAACUUCCACCACGGCUUCCACCCCACCACCGUCUGUAAGAUCCCCAGCAGCUGCAGCCUCAAGAUCUUCAACAACCAGGAGUUCGCUCAGCUCCUGGCUCAGUCCGUCAACCAUGGCUUUGAGGCCGUGUACGAGCUCACCAAAAUGUGCACCAUCCGCAUGAGUUUUGUCAAGGGCUGGGGCGCCGAGUACCACCGGCAGGACGUUACCAGCACUCCGUGUUGGAUCGAGAUCCACCUUCACGGGCCUCUUCAGUGGCUGGAUAAAGUCCUCACGCAGAUGGGCUCCCCUCUGAACCCCAUAUCCUCUGUCUCAUAGUGCAGAAGCCUUCUUUUCAAUUAGGUUCCUUGUGGACUUUAAUUUUAGAGAUACUGUGAGCUGACAUGGAAAAACAGAUAUUACAGCUUAUUUUUUUUCUACAAACUUGUGACCAACACAUUUGUACUUUGUGACGAUCCUGCAUUUGUUUGUAUCACUGUUCACGUAAUGGACUGGAAGGCGUGGGGGAGACAUGGAGCAAGCGUCCUGCCCACUCUGAACAUGAACUGGAACAGGCUUUUGCUUAUUGUCCCAACAGUUUUUUAUUUCCUAAUUUUUUUUUAAUGUAACAAAAAAAUUAUAGUGUAAGAGGGUAUAUACAUGGGGAAAAGUGUAUUUGUCCUCCCUUUUCUCUCCGUCUCCGGGAACCUGUGUGCUUCUAACAAUGUAUCCCACCAACUUCAUAAAAAUACAUUGUACUUUGUUUUGCAAAAGAGUAUGGUAGGGGCUUAAAAGAAACUAUAUAUAUAAAAAAAAAUCUUAUUUGAAGGAACACUAUGCACUGCUUCUAACAAGUAGUGUCCAGUAAAAGCCAAGUGAUAGUUUUCUAGGUGGCAUCAUACAUCUAACCUAACUGAAUGUUGGUCUGUAUUGUGAUUCAUGCUAUGUAUCUUUUGUAAAGCAUUUCGUUUGUUUUUUUUUAAAAAGAAAAUCCUGCAAGUAAUUGAUGUGUAAUAUAUGCCACGUACUCAGUCUGUCCUGAGUACACUGCUUUGUAGCAAGCGACAGUACACGGCUGGCAGCCGCGUUUGCUGCUCUUGGCCUGUGUGGGAAGAACUCUACUUGUGACAUGCAUUAACCUUUUAUUUUGCACUUUUAUGGGCAACAGUUUUCAGUGUAACCUUUGCUCAGAUACACUCAAGUGACCUACACGGCAGUUGUAGGAAGUUCUGCUUUUUCUAGUAACUUUUCAGCCUAGGUUAUAAAAUCGUUAUCAUACAGUUCCAGCUAAGGUGCCUAGUUUUGGAUGUUAUUAACUUCAUACCACCUUACAUCAGCCUCCUGUGUCAUGGGAGACCCUGGUUAGGCCCCAGGAAUGAGAUAAAUUAGCAGGGACGGUUGGGCUAGCUGCUGUGAACACAUUCACAAAGCAGAGAAUGCAGAUGGACUCUGACUUUGCGUGGUCUUGUUUUUUCCUGGCCUCUUACUACCUAUACCCAUGCCAGUGUCCCCCAACGCAGCCUCCUGAAAGCUAAGGGAAGUCUGAAAUACCCAUUUAACCAAUUGUGCCUUUGCCUUUGAGUCUAGGCAUUUUAACCACUUAUUCUGGAGAGCAUCAGGUGGGCGCCUAGCCAAGACAUGGGAACACGGCCCACCUACUUCACCAAUCAGGAGAAACUUUCUUUUCUGAUGCCUUUUCAAAGUAUAUGGAGCCAUGACCGUCUUGUGUUGAAAAUGUAAUUUUGGUGUGACUUUCUACUUGCCCUUCCUGCUUUAAGGAAAAAAACAAAAAGGUUUGUUUUUCAGGCAAGGGUUACGGGACUCCUUUUGUUGUCUGUGUCGUUAUGUGUUGCUGUUUCCCAAUGCGGCCACAGGUACAUUCGGGUUUCAGCUCGCAGUCCUUUGCUGAGUAGAAGGAAAACUUUGCCAGCAUCACAGCCUUAAACGUCAGGGUUACAUGGCAAGUAUUCUUAGAUCGCCAGAGCUUUCUGCCGUCUACAUGAAACAGAAUUAUUUACUUAGUGAUCAAGCCUACAUAUUUUUAUAUUUAGUUUUUGUAUCAUCCUUCACUUAACAGACUCACGGCACCAUCUUUGGAACGGAUUUGUAGGAAAAAUUCACUCAAGUCCAAUUACAGAUGCAUAUAAUCUACUUUAGUGGGCUCUGGCUAGCUGUACAAUCUCCCACCUUGCUUCAUUGAUGGUUUAGCAUUGCGUUAAGAAUUGUUCUACUUGUCAUUGCCAUAUUACAGCCUGUAAAGUUGAGUUGGCUGAUGGGCUUUAUGUGAUUGCCCUUUUCUGUUUUCUCUAAGGAGUUUUAACUGCCAAGAGUUUUGUGGAGAAGUACAAGCCUGUUUUUGCUUCCUGAGCGCUGUCAGCUUCAUCCUGUGGCUUUUAAUGCAAAACGUUCUUCACUCAGCUGCUCUUGCAAUCCCUAAGGAUAUUUUACAGCAUAGAAAUUAAUGUGUGCCAGCAAAAAGUAUCUGAAUAAGAAACUCGAAACUAGUUUGGUAAAUGCAGAAAGCAGAAUAGACUCAAAAUGCAUCUCAGUAACAAGCUGAAGCAAACAAGGUGAUGUUGAUUGCACUUGAGGUGCAUUGGACGUACAGCUCUACAUUAUAGAGCGCUUGGUCCGCUUGAGACCGUCUGGCGAGCAUGAUGGAGCGUCGCUGGGAGCUCAUGGCUCAUACCCGUAAUCCUAGCUCCACGGGCUCAGAUAGGAGGAUUGUGAUCCAAAGUGGUAGCAUACAAACUGUGGGCAAAAAAAGCUGAGUGAGAGUGUGAGGCUGAGUUGGGAGGAGCUAUUGAAUACAAGCUAAAGCAUAUGAGUAAAAUGGGCACUUUCUAGGAAAUGUAAGGGAAAAUAACCAGUAAGCAUGUCAAAUAUAUCAAGUCUAUGCAUAUCCCCCCUCCCCUUUCAUGACAACAGUGGUGGUGGUGGUGGUGGUAGCAGGUGGCUGAGGGUAUUCCAGGAAUGAUCACUAGAUAGACAAUUCAGCAUGCCACACCUGCUAGUCCAGACAGGGAGUACCGUUUCAUACUCUUUGUGUCUUUGAAGAGUAAAACGUCCAUUUGGGUAUGACUGGUAAGUAUUCAACCCUUAAGUUAACAAUUAGGCUUGCCUUAAAAAAAAAAAUACAAACAAAAAAACCCUGUAAUACCCGAGGGGGAAGUUUCUUCCCUACACGCAGUAUCCUUUUGGAGGAGAAAGAUUCUAGAAAAAAUGAUACCCUACCUGUAGCAGAGACAAAGUUUGGUAGUUUCUGUUGCAGUGCAAUUCUGCUUCUAGUAAUUUGCUUCCUAGUAUUCUAGGUUAUUGUCACUUUUCUCACAUAUAUCCUUCUUGCUUCCUGAGAAAGGCAGAAUCUUGAUAAUUAUUGAAUGCAACCUCUCAUGAUGACUUAAAUUGUGAACCCGUUAGCUUUGAAGAGCUGAGUCCUUCUCUGUCUUACUGGUUGGAUCAUCUCUUGAUGUUUGGCAUUUGACCAUAAAGUAUGUCCUCAGUACACCUAUUGGCUAGAUGAGCUUUUAGGCUUGGUGGUUUUAGAAGUGUUGCGUGGUUUUUAUGCAAGAAUCUUCCAAAGUGGUCACUUUCAAAGGGGUGGGUUUUUUGGAGGGUAUCUCUCAUUCCCAAAGCAACAGUAUUCAUGGAUGAAAGUGAGAUUCUUGGAUGUUUUCCUUACCACAAAAGUGCAUGUAUGGAAAGUAAGCAUUCAAGCCAUUUGUUCUACAUAAACAAAAGUUGUAGUUUAGCAUGUUCUGAGGUGGAUGUUUUACCUCCUUACAGAAGGUAACAGUAUUUAUCAAGCCUUUAUUUGAUUGGAUUAUUCAUGAAAGAAACUCAUCUCCUUAGCUGUGGCUGAAACUGUGUGUAGAAUACUUGCCCUGCCACGCUUGAAGCACGCACGCGUGCACACACACACACAGAGCUUUUCUCCCCAAAUAAAACUGUAUGAUCAUUAUUACAUAGCACUCCAAAAUUAGAUGCAGUGGAGGAGAUUUUAUGCAUUCAUUUUGUUGUUUUAAAAGAAAAACGUGAUAAUAUUUGCUAGUAGCAAUUUCUACUACUGUACAUUAAGUCUUAGUGUUUUGGUCAGAAAGAUCUAGAACAGAAUUCUUUCAUCAUUCAUGGUGGAGUGGAAAAGCUUUGUGUCUAAAUAACUCAGUUCUUAAAUUGUUUUUAAUUAUCACGAGCCAUUAUCCUAAAAGGGUACAUUUGAAGUUGCUGUUUGUAGAAAGUUCAGAAUUUUGUGUAGGGGUAGAUCCCCUGCACACACCCCUCCCCCAUUUAAUAGGUAAUGCCUUCUUAACACUAGCUGGCAUUAGCUAGAGCAAAACCCCACUUAGGCCCAAGAAUGCCAGCCUCAUUGUAGAUGAAGAAGGCGUUUAGUGUCAGAUUUCCCAUGCAGUGCCGUCGGAAUGCUGGCACUUUGAUUUACUCUGGAAGUGGUUUCACCGUGGGGGCUCCGGGCAGUGGUUGGGCAUGUGGCGAUCUUUCGAGUCUGGCUGCUGCAAGCUGCAGUGAGAAGUGGACUUAAGUUCGGCUAGGGUUGCCUCCGUGGGAGACAUGGUUCCCACACCCCUGGCCCUGUUCUCUCGAAAGGAAUCGUUACACACGUUGAAGACCAACCUGACGGCUGUACUGUGGGCCUGUCCGCCUCUGACUCAUGCUUCGCUUCAGGUUAUGCUGUGGAAAAUGCAAUUCUAGCUCCAUGCCUCGAUCCUGUUCAUCUUUUUUGAUACUUAUAAAAAUGUGUUAAUUAGGUUUUACUCUCAUGUGCUUAUCAAAGCCAUAACUCUUAAGAAACUUGUUUUUGCGUAUUGUUUGCUAAUACUUUAUUUUAAUAAACUUCAAAACCUA